AUGGCGGAGAAAGAGGAACGAGACUCGCAAAGUGUUAGAGAUUCCAAAAGACAGUCAAAGGACACGGAGUCUCAUUCAGAGGGUCCUCUGAAAAAGAAGCAAUGUCAACAGCCAGGUCACUACAUAUCUGAGUGCCCACAGGUGCAAAAAACUUGUUUCCGAUGUGGUCAGUCCAGUCACCUCAAGAGGGAUUGCCCACAGAGGGGAGGAGAUGCCCAUAAGGUGACAGGGCUACAACAACGCCCUGCACGGACUACUAUAGUCCAAUCUAAACAGACAGGUCACUCCAAAUCCGAGUGUCCACAGGUGCAAAAAACUUGUUUCCGGUGUGGUCAAUCUAGUCACCUCAAGAAGGAUUGCCCACAACAGGGAGGAGAUGCCCACAGGGUGACGGGGAUACAACAACGCCCUGCACAGACUACUAUAGUCCAAUCUAAGCAGACAGGUCACUCCAAAUCCGAGUGUCCACAGGUGCAAAAAACUUGUUUCCGGUGUGGUCAGUCUAGUCACUUCAAGAGGGAUUGUCCACAGAAGGGAGGAGAUGCCCACAGGGUGACGGGGCUACAACAACGCCCUGCAAAGACUAAUAUAGUCCAAUAUAGACAGCAGCCUGGGUGUUAG